AUGUCAGAACCGCAUCUCGGCGCAUCAAGCCCAAGUCGCGACUCUGCGUUGGAACCGCUGCCGCUGCCGCCGCGUGACGCGCCUUUGACCGCUCCGGAUGCGGAUGCGGACGCGGGAGAGGCGACCUCGGCAACGGCGAUCCAGCACCACGACGAUCCAGCCGACGCCGCACCCCAGACCUCAACCCUGGCCAUUCGCUCGCGUCCGCUGACCGGAGAAACCCCCGCCGGCACUGGCGAUGACAUUUCGCUGGGCCCCUUCUUCGAGGUCCUCACCUUUGACCUGCGCUAUCACAUCUACCAGCUCGCAUUCGGCGGCAAGAUCCUCCAUCUCUAUCUCCUGUACCGCCGCAGCCUGCAGCCCGACAUCCGGUGGCGGAAAGGCCACCAGCCAGUGCCGGCAUGGUACCCUCACUCGCCCGGCGUGUCGCCCAUGGACCCGCCGUCGGUCGAUGCGAGCAUGACGCCGCAGUGGUACUGGUGGAGCUGCGUCUGCGCCCCGGAUGACCGGAAGCUCGAGACGAAGCUGGGAGACCAAUGCCCCAGGGGAUUCUUCCAGACGUGUGGUCCUAAGGAGACGUAUCUGGGUAUCUUGCCUUGGCUGUUGACGUGUCGGAGAGCCUACGAAGAGACGAUCAAGGUCUUGUACGCCAGUAACACAUUCAAGUUUGAGCAGAGGCUGGAGUCCAUGUACUUCCCCUAUGCCAUCGCCACGCCGCACCUGAACUGGAUCACGUCGCUGGAAAUCCGCAUACCGGACCGCGACGAGUCUCUCACCGACCGCACCCUCGACAAGGCUCCGCGACCAUCGCCAGGCGCCCCUCUCAUCACGGAGUUGCGCGCGCUGAGCCCCCGCGAUCAGUACCUCCAAAUCAUCAAUCAGAUCGCCCCGACCUUUCCCGCGCUCCGGAGGCUGCACAUUUCGUUUGAGGGGUCCGUCAGACGCGUUCCCGUGCCAAAGCCGAAUGUAACGUCGCUGCUUAUCUCCACACUCGGGGAGGUCGACGCGGACGAGCUGGAGGGCGUUGUCCUCGGGCCCAUCGACGCGCUGCCGCUGGGAAUUGAGAAGCAAGUACUCUUCUACCAGUCGCUCUACACGGCGCUGCUGGCCGCGGAGGAGAGGCAGCGGGGCGAGGAGGUCAAGGAGGUUGAGCAUCUUAGGAGCGAUGGACGGCCCGGAUGGACCAAGUUCUGGCGCUCGCUCGCAAGGGAGAACGACGCGAAGGCAGGAUACUGGGUAUGCAAGCAUGGCUGA